GUUUCUUUUAACCAAAAACGCUCAGAAAAUGGUGGAACUGGAAUGCCAGAGAUGGGCCAGCAAAGGCAUAAACAUAAAGUAUGAGAUUAGACAGAACAGAAAUGGAUACAAAGCUGGAGCUCUUAAAGAAGGCAUGAAGCAUAGCUAUGUGAACUUGUGUGAUUAUGUGGCCAUCUUUGAUGCUGAUUUCCAACCUGAGCCUAACUUCCUUCGGCGCACAAUACCAUUUCUGGUUCACAACCCAGAAGUUGCACUUGUCCAAGCUCGAUGGAAAUUUGUUAAUGCUGAUGAAUGCUUAAUGACAAGAAUGCAAGAGAUGUCAUUGGACUAUCAUUUCCUUGUGGAGCAGGAAGUUGGGUCCUCAACCUAUGCCUUCUUCGGUUUCAAUGGCACUGCUGGUGUGUGGAGAAUUUCAGCAUUAAAUGAAGCUGGUGGAUGGAAGGCCCGCACAACAGUGGAGGAUAUGGAUCUGGCUGUGCGAGCUGGCCUCAAAGGAGGGAAAUUUGUGUAUCUUAGCGAUCUCAAGGUGAAAAGUGAACUGCCAAGUACCUUCAAAGCCUUUCGUUAUCAGCAGCACCGGUGGUCAUGUGGCCCGGCUAAUCUUUUCAAGAAAAUGGCAAUGGAAAUCAUGAGAAACAAGAAAGUCUCCACCUGGAAGAAGUUUUAUGUGAUUUAUAGUUUCUUCUUUGUCCGGAAAAUCGUAGCUCAUGUGGUCACAUUUGUAUUCUACUGUGUGGUUAUGCCAGCAACUGUUCUAGUUCCAGAAGUGGAAGUUCCUAAGUGGGGUGCUGUGUAUAUACCUUCUAUCAUCACACUUCUCAAUGCAGUAGGAACUCCAAGGUCAAUCCACUUACUCGUAUUCUGGAUACUCUUUGAAAAUGUUAUGUCAAUGCACAGGACCAAGGCAACACUCACAGGUUUGCUAGAGGCAGGGAGAGUAAAUGAAUGGGUAGUUACUGAGAAAUUGGGAGAUGCCCUUAAGACAAAAUCAGGUGGCAAAGCAGCAAGAAAGCCUCGUAUCAAGAUUAGUGAAAGGCUUCAUUUCUUGGAACUUCUAGUGGGGGCAUACCUCUUUUUCUGUGGAUGCUAUGAUCUUACCUAUGGGAGGAACCACUACUUCAUAUAUCUUUUCCUGCAAUCGAUUGCCUUCUUUGUUGUAGGGAUUGGCUAUGUCGGCACCUUUGUUCCUAAUUCAUAAAGGAACUUCUUUUCUCAGAAUUAUUCCACGUGGCUGUCAUUUUGCUGUCAUCCCAUUCACUUCGAGGAACAGAAUGCAGUUUCUUCUGCUCAUAGCUACAAUUCAAUUUGUUUUAGUACCAUACAUUACUUUACAACCAUUAUUUGUCAUGUUUUGUAUUGUUUUUAUAUGGACACAGACAAAGAACAUAGAUAAACAAAACAAAAGUUUGUGUAGUAUUUGAAAUCCCUUGGAAAGAAUUAUCAAUAAAUUAUAUAAAUUGGAAAUCAGGAAUACAGAAGCAAGUUCACAGU